UUUUGCCAUCGCGCCUGAAUGUAAGACGCACAUGCCCUAAGCAGUGGCCGAAGGGCUGCGCAUAGAGAGGCGCGCAUGGCAGUGCCGGUGAAGAAAAAGGUCAAGGUGAAGAAAAAGGCCGCGGCCCCGGAGAAGACCGUGACGAAGACCCAGGUCGCGGAAACGUCUGAGGCGCCAAAGUCUGAUGAACCAGCUGAGACCCGGGAAGAGGACAAGGCCACCUUCGAAUCCCUUGGAGUCUGCGAGGAGCUUUGCCGAGCCGUGAAGCUGAUGAAGUGGGCGAAACCCACGAAGAUUCAGCAAGAAGCCAUCCCUUGGGCCUUGCAGGGCCGGGACAUCAUCGGCCUAGCUGAGACGGGCAGUGGCAAGACGGGGGCCUUUGCCCUGCCCAUCGUGCAGCGCCUUUUGGACGAUCCACAGCGGUUCUACGCCGUGUGUUUGGCGCCCACCCGGGAGCUUUGCGUCCAAAUCGGUGAGCAGUUCGAGGCCAUAGGUAGCACCAUCAAGCUGCAGACGGCCACAGUGGUGGGAGGAUUGGCCAUGGUGGACCAGGCCAUGGCGCUGGCGAAGCGUCCGCACGUGGUGGUGGCCACGCCCGGCCGCUUGGUGGAUCACCUGGAAAACACCAAGGGCUUCCACCUGAAGACGGUGAAGUAUCUGGUCAUGGAUGAGGCGGAUCGAUUGCUGUCCAUGGACUUCGAUGAAGCCUUGGACAAGAUCUUGGAGUUUUGUGGACGUGAAACCAUGCUUGCCGCAGUUUUUUUUGCUUCAGCUGCGCCCCUGGCGGGCUUGGCCGCGGCGUGGAGGAUGGCAGCCAUGUCCUCAGUUUCCAACAGUGGUUUCACUGCCAUCAGAGGUUUGCCUGGCACCUCCCUGCACCGUCAGCCCACGCUGCAGCACGUCUUGGUUGUGCCACGUGCGCGGCGGAAAUCGAAGGGCUCCUUUGUCGCCUCCAGCUGCGCCCUGGCUGCGGCGUCGCGGCUCAUGCAGCUCCGCCGGCGCACGGGGCGCACGGGGCGCCGGGUGCUGUCGCUGGACCUUCCGGGGCUGCUGGCGCCGAGAACGGAAGAUGCGAAGGCGACGGAAGGCUCAGGUCGUCUCUUUCAUGCACAUGGCCCGGUGGGUUUACAACGGCUGCGCUUGUCGUCCGACGUGCUGGACUUGUUAUUUGAAGACGUAGCAUCCGAUGUGGCAACCCUGCUGGCAACUGGCUUCCAGUCCUGUGUGGAUCAUCCGCAGUUACCAGGGCACCAUUACUUGGAGGGCUACUUCCACACCCUCCCGGUGGACCUCGCUGUGGCCUCGCCCAACGUCCGCAGCGGCGUCUCCGCCGCGACGCCGCCGGCGCCGCGGCGCCUGGCGGCCUUCGCGGAGGCGCUGCGGCGGAAGAACCGAAGGCUGUUGGAGGACUUGGCGGAGCAGUGUCCUGCAGGUUCGCCUCUCCGCGCGGUGCUGUCGACCUGUCGGGCCUUCGGCGACCUGGCGGUGCAGAUCCACUGGGGCGACGCCGUGGAGGACCAGGACGUGGCGUGGCACGUGGAUGCCAACAACUCAGCGCUGCACAUGGCGGUGUCACUUCGUGGUCGACGGACGCUCCAGAUGAAACUGUGCGACCCUUUCGCUCUUGAAACCCAGGUGCUGCAGGAGCCCCAGCAGCCCGGAGAUGUCUAUAUUGGCAACCCAGCUGCCUAUGAACACGGCCUGACCUAUGCAGCUGCCAGCUGGGAGAAGCGCAUGGUUGCCUUGCAGCUGCGCUUGCUACUUACUGAAGCUGAGAUGCGCGACGCCCACUUUUUGGAUGGAAUGGCUAUGCUGGCGCGGCGCGUGAGCACUGCACCCUUCGAGCUGCCGAGUCUCGAAGAUGUGAGACCCGACAAGAUGAUGCACACGGCUGACCGAUUUGAGAGGGGAAAGCAGUGGAAAGAUGUGGAAAGCGGUCUGCUGAGCACUCUGGCAGCAGUGGUCAUCCGGUGGGACCAGUGGCGAUCCCAUGGUCUAUGCGGCCUCGGCUUGCCCGCGGUGCCGCCUGUCAUGAGGCCUUUCCGCAACACCUUGGACAAAGUGGUCUCUUUUGGUGACGACUUGCCGCAGGAGGCUAGAGCUUCGGUUCUGAACCUGGAUGCGGAGACCAUGAAGUAUCUGACCUCUGCCAGUGAGUAUGGCGGCUUGGUGUGCCUGACGAACAUCGUCGGGCCCAAGUUGAUGCUUCAGUUGCACAACGAGGCCAAAGCGCUGCGUGGGAGUCUGAAGCCUUCAGAGUAUUGGAAUCGUUGGCAAGAAGGUCGAGCGGAUUCGUAUUGUUUGAUCGACAAAGGGACUAUGGAAAUCAUGGGCUAUGCGGCCAUGACUUUCGCCAUCGACUUGCUCGAGGAGAUCUGUCAACGCUUGGCCGAGUUCGAUGGCGUUCGCCCCACCGCGAAGCUGCAGCUGGCCUGCUUCGCUGCCGGCUCCGCGGGCUACGAGGCCCACACGGACGGCUCCAAGGCGGAGGAGUUGGGGACGAUGCCCGAGGAUCAGAAGAUGAUGAUCUCAGCCAGGUCUGCGCUCAAGGCGCUCUUGGACGUAGCUUUGUCGCGCUUUGUCGUGCUCUUUGAUGCGACCUUCCCGGUCUUCCUCUUCCUCUUCCUCUUCCGGGCGGGUGGCGCCCACGUGAAGACAAAACCUUUCCUUGUGAGCGUAUGUUCUGGACUCUCCAGACUCCAGCCACACGGAUUACACUCUCCUGCCAGUGGAGCUACGAUGUCGCACUAUUCAACACUAGGCAUUAUGCCGGUGGCAACAAGCAAGGAAAUCCAUGAGGCUUUCCUUACUUCUGCCCUUCGCGCACAUCCAGACAGCGGAGGUUCUGAUUUCCAGCUUCAGGAGGUUUUACACGCAUUUGAGAUGCUAUGCGAGCAGCGUGAGCGGCGCAGUCUGGUUCGAAAAAAGCAUGCGCUUGCAGAUCAGGAACCGCUGGGAGCGCGGGGCCAUGAACCCCAUGUGCCGAAUGCGAUUCAGUGGGUCUGGAAGAGAACAAGCGCUGGGUCAACGCUGCCUCGCCUGUGCAAGCUCCUCUCCAGUCUGCCAGCAGAUAGACGUCAAUUCGUCCUGCAGCAGUGCUUUUCGCAGCAGCAACGCUUGCAGCUUGAGAGGUGGAUGCUGGCGCGGCCAGUGACAAAGCAGGUCCGCGGGCCCAACUCAAGGGUCUCGCGCAGCUCCAAAGCCACCCGCAGAAGAGUACAAAGUGUGGUGCGAGUGACACGGCAGAACAAGUACCGAUACUACAUGGCGUCUGCAGCAGUCGAGGGUUUGAGAUUGGUUACCAGGACAGUUGGCAGCCUGGAGGUGGCACUCACCUUUCAUUCAAUCCUGGUUGUCAUCAAGCAACGAACAAGUUUCCUCCGUGGAAACUUCGAAGCAAGGUUUCGCGCUGCUUUAAGCUCAACCUUCUCGGAGUUCAAAGCCGAUCCUGAGUCCAUGGGUCUCAAGUUCAUUGUGAGCUUGCGCGUCCUUUGGAUGAAAACUCCUUUGCGAACACCUGCAUAUUUAGUUGCGUCUCAGCUGGACAACGGCUUGCAGGCUUUACAUCGACUUCGCAAGGCGCGAGGUUCUGUUCGGAACUAUGUGCUACGGGCAGUGAACACAGUGGACUUGGACGAACAGUGGACGCAAAUCCGAGGUGAAUACUUGGAUGUCAUGGUGGAAGCUGGAUGCAAAAAGCAAUCCGUGUUGGAUAGGCUUGAACUUCUCGAUCGGGAAAGAGCCUCCAAAUUGCAGGAGCAAUCUCGGCGCUGGCUGACAGCGAAGGGCAAGCGUCUCGGUUGUUCCAAAAAGAAGUCUGGACGCACGAGAAAGUGUGACGCGAAUGCAGAUUUGAUUAUCCAGCGUCAGAUCGAAGCUCUGCUAUCGAGAUGGAAUAUGAGGCAGCAUUAA